GCUACGAAAAUGGACGUGUUCUCAUUGCUCAUUUAGUCCCUUUAAACUCACUUCUUCUCUUCUUCUAAAACCUUUCCCUGAGAUAUAUUCUCUAAACUCUCUGUAUUCUGUUGAGCACUUUGUUAAGCAAUGUUAUCUCUGUAUUUAACUUCCUUUAUUCUCCUUUCCCUUCUUCACCAAUUAACUAUCUCUUAUUCACUUCAAGAAUCUCAACGACAAUGUCAACAAAUGCAAUUCAAUGAGACAUGUGGUAACUUCAAUAUCUCUUAUCCAUUUUACUUAAAUAACUCUUCUUCAGUUUCUACUGCUUUUAAAUUAUCUUGUUUGAAUUCAACUACGCUUUACCUCAACAUCGACACUCAAAGAUAUCGAGUUCUUGAAUUCUUCAGUGAUGGGUUGCUAGUUGACUUUCCAGACAUCACUUCUUGUCGACAGUACAACGAUUUAAAUUCUUUUGGUUUUGGAAGAAAUGAGAACUUUGCUGUCUCGGUCGACAAUGUUAUUGGUUUAUAUGAUUGUGAAGAUUCUUCUUUGUGUAAAGCGGACUGUGAAACAAAUAACUUGCCUGGUUGUGAUGGAAACAGUAAAGGGUCUCUUGGCUGCUGUUAUCCACUAUCUGAUCACAGUGUGUGGCAAGUUGGAGAUGGCUUCUCUGUUUUUUCCAAGUUUGGGUGCAGGGGAUUUUCGUCUUGGGCUGUUUCAAGAGGAACUAUUUCUGGGAAGCGUGGCGUUAAAUUAGAGUGGGCUAUUCCUGGAAACAAAUCGGAAGGAGUUUGUGCUAGCAAUGCAAUUGUGGUUAAUGCCACAGCAGUUGAAGCUGCUGUCAGGUGCUCCUGUCAGGAUGGUUUUGAGGGAGAUGGAUUUGCUAAUGGAAUUGGCUGCAUAAAAUCCUGCAUCAAGGAUGGACAGGAAGGAUAUGGCAAGGAUUGUUUUGCCGAAAGAAAAAGUGAAAAAGAAGUUGUUAUUGUAGCUGGUGUUCUUGCCCCAGCCUUCAUUAUUACUUCCUUAUUUGCUCUCUUUUGUCUACUAAAACGAUCUGGAAAAGCAGGUGCAUUUGACCAUGAACAGGGCCAUUUUCACAGUACAAUAUCAUUCCGCAAAGCCUGUAGGACUCGAUUAUUUACUUACCAAGAGCUAGACGUAGCUACCAAAGGUUUUAAAGAUGGUCAAAAACUUGUAGAAGGCACAAAUGGUUCAGUUUAUGCUGGGGUUAUAAGGGAUGGUUCACAUGUAGCGGUACAUAAGGUACAAUGUGAGAAUGAAAGAGACCUCAUACAAGUGCUAUCCCAGGUUGAGGUUUUGUCAGCAAUUUUGCACAGGAAUUUAGCCCGCCUCCUUGGAUGCUGCAUUGACUCUGAAUACAGCCCACUAGUUGUCUAUGAGUAUCCUGCAAAUGGUACCUUGGAGGAUCAUUUGCGCCAAAACAGUGAGCACAAAACCGGCCUAGAUUGGUAUAAGAGGUUAAUUAUCGCUGCUGAAACAGCUAGUGUUCUUGCAUUCUUACAGUAUGAGAUUUUUCCUCCCAUUUUCCACCACGAGCUCAAAUCCGGUUAUAUCUUUCUAGAUGAAGAUUAUUCCAUUAAAAUAGCUGGUUUUGGAUUACUAAGCACCGGCCUUGAAAUUGGGUCUAAUUCAUGUAACAAUCAUGAAGGUUUGCAGAGUCAACAAAAUGAUGUAUACGAUUUUGGUGUGUUACUUCUAGAGAUUAUCACAGGGUCAAAACAUGUGGAUCAGCCAAGUGUGACAUUGCAAAAAAUAAGAAGUGGGAAGCUAGAAGAAAUUCUGGAUCCAACUCUUUACUAUCAUGAGCAGCCGAUUUUUCGAAGAGAGCAGAUUGAGAUAGUUGCAGACCUUGCAACUAGGUGUUUGUUAUUCGGUAGAGACGGCAAAAUUGGUAUGAUUGACGUGGCCAAGGAGCUUAUAAAUGUAACAAAAGAGAGCAUUGAUGGUGGUAGUAAGAGGGGACCUGCACUGGAAGAAACAUUUUCAAAUUCAAGUCUGCUGCAGAUGAUAUCAAUGUCUCCAGACUCUAUGCAUGUGCCUUGAAUUGGCCUUGUAGAAAUUACCAAUCAGUGACAGUGCAAAGUUGGUUAGUCCAUUUCACUUUCCUCAAACUUAUGUGAAAAAUUUUGGCAUUGAGUGGACUGGCAACUUUUAUCGAGUUAUGUGCUGCAGCUAGCUCUAUGUGGAGAGAAAUCAUAGCGAGGUUAUGCAUACUAAAAGCAAGCUGUGGUCGUAUGUAUAUUACUAUUAUAUGAUAUGGAUGCCUGGUAUUUUAUUUAUCUUUGCAAUGGGUUUUGUUUGUAAACAGAGUAU